AUGUCUUUCCAGCGUGUUGGUCUGCGUUUCGCGCAGCAGCUGCGUUCUCCCGCCUUCCGCCCAGCCCUCCGAUCGACCCUGCAGCGACGAUUUGCGAGCGCACCGACACCGCCCGGUCAAGGAGCCAGCAAGUUGGUCGGAACUGCCGACAAUGCGUUCAACCGCGAGAGAGCUGCUGUGAAAGCGCAUGCUGCUGCCACCAGUGACCUCUGGCGUAGACUGUCAAUCUAUGUCGUCAUCCCCUGCCUGAUCCUAGGGAGCAUCAAUGCCUGGAACUUGUGGAACGAACAUUGGGAGCAUUGGGAACAUCUUCCCCCGUUGGAGGAAAGAGUCGAAUAUCCCUACCAAAACAUCCGAAUGAAGAACUUCUUCUGGGGCGACGGUGACAAGACUCUGUUCUGGAACGAGAAGACCAACUACCACAACAAGGACAAGCAAACUUAA